AACUUGGCAUAGGAGAUGCUUCCUUUUGACAGGGAUGCUUCCUGGAGGACAAAGGCGGUGGGCCGCCCCUCCGUAGCACAGCUCCUUCAUCGGCAUCCUUUCGCGAGGCAGCCUCCGCAGCCUCCGGGGAAGCCCUUCAGGGGGAGAAACCACCACGGCUGGAUUUUGUAGGCUGAAGGGAGAGAGAGAGAAGGAAUCCUGGGCAGCCUGGCCCGUUGGGGGGGCCUAGAAUCGAGAUCGUGCUUGCCCGUGGCCCUGGCGGAGAUGUUUGACAACGUGGACGAAAACAAGGAAACCGACGGCAGCCUUUUGGGUGACCCGGGCCAGACUCCCCCUGGGAGGAAGGAGAAUGUGAAAUGGCAGCGGCCACGGCUCACGCGCAAGGCGUUGAUGAAAUGCUGCUUGGUGAAGUGGAUCCUCUCGAGCGCCGCUCCUCAGGGAUCAGACAGCAGUGACAGUGAGUUAGAACUCUCGACCAUCCGGCAUCAGCCAGAAGGCUUGGACCAGCUCCAGCUUCUGACCAAAUUUACCAAGAAGGAGCUUCAGUCCCUCUACAGAGGCUUCAAGAAUGAAUGCCCCAGCGGCCUGGUGGACGAGGAUACUUUCAAGCUGAUCUAUGCUCAGUUCUUCCCCCAGGGAGAUGCCACCAUGUAUGCCCACUUCCUGUUCAAUGCCUUUGAUAUAGAACGGAAUGGAGCCAUCCGUUUUGAGGAUUUUGUCAUCGGCCUCUCUGUCCUUCUGCGUGGAACGGUGCACGAGAAGCUGAGCUGGGCCUUCAACCUCUAUGACAUCAACAAGGACGGCUACAUCACCAAGGAGGAGAUGCUGGCAAUAAUGAAGUCCAUCUAUGACAUGAUGGGCCGCUAUACCUACCCUAUCUUGAAAGAAGACGCUCCCCUCGAGCACGUGGAAAAGUUCUUCCAGAAAAUGGACAGAAAUCAGGACGGCGUGGUCACGAUCGAAGAGUUUCUCGAGACUUGUCAAAAGGAUGAGAACAUCAUGAACUCCAUGCAGCUGUUUGAAAACGUGAUUUAGGAUGCUGGGAGCCCUGCCCCGUCUCUCCUGCUCCACCUGCCUCUUUGGCCUGCACUCGGACGGAGUUGUCUGUCCCUCUUGUGAAGCACACACACGUCUUUUGAAGAAAAGCCAGCCAACCAACUAACCAGAAACUUUUAAAAAAUAAGAAUAAUAAUAUUGAACACAGGGAAGAGGACACCAAAAAGGGAAAGAGCUGGCAUUUCCUUGUUGGUGGAUUCUCACCACUUAUAAUCCAGGAGCUGGAAGGAGAACGUGGAGGCAGGGGGUGGGUUAGUCCUCUCCAGGUAGGACAGAAGACCUUGUAAAAGACACGGUCCCUUAGCAGCCCCAGAGAGAGAGAAAGAGAGAGCAAUUUCCACCAGCCUGGCGUGGAAGGGGGAUGGCUUUUUGAGAGAUAAGGACACCCUUUCCCCUCCCCCUUGAUAAAAAAAUUAUGAUCCUCAAAUAUAUGGUCCCAGAAGAAACUUAAACUCUCUCCCCUGCAGUGUCCCAUCAUGCUCCUCUGUAGCCUGUUUCCAGAAGGAUUUGCAUGGAAUCAUGUCGACAUUGGUUGUGCGUCGUGUGGUAGGGCUCCCUCUGCUGCCGCCAGCUGGCUGGGCACAAGCAGUG